CUCCCAAUUCCCCAAUUUCCCUAAUCCUGGAUACGGGCUCUCAUUUUGUUUCCGCAAACCCUUGGAAAGAACGGAAGCUCCACAUUUUGUCAUCGGCUCUCCCUCUUCCAUUGCUUUGGAGCGGUGCUUACGCCAUUUUUGGGUCUGCCGAGAAGCUCUCGUCGUUAACCAUCAUUGUAGUGUGAGACAUUAUGGCUGCUCCUAGUGAGAAUUUUGGUGAACUUGACAUGACUGGAAUGCCUGGGAACUCCAACAUUCAACAAAAACGAGGACGUGAAGAUGAUUCAGGAGCUACAGGGGGUGAAAAGAGGUGGCCUGGAUGGCCCGGUGAGAAUGUUUUCCGAAUAUUAGUUCCUGCACAGAAGGUCGGUGGUAUCAUUGGACGCAAGGGAGAGUUCAUCAAAAAAAUGUGUGAGGAGACGAAGGCUCGCAUAAAGAUUCUUGAUGGCCCUCAAGGGACUUCAGAGAGAGCUGUAUUGAUUUCAGCAAAGGAAGAACCUGAUGCUUCUGUGCCUCCUGCAAUGGAUGCUCUAUUGAGGGUCCAUAAACGCACUGUAGAUGGUUUAGAUGGUGAUUUUUCUCAUCCUCCAGGUUCUGGAGGCACAUCUUCAACAAGGCUACUAGUUGCAGCUUCACAAGCUGGAAGUUUAAUUGGAAAGCAGGGAGCAACCAUAAAAUCUGUUCAAGAAGCAUCAAAUUGUGUAGUCCGUGUUCUUGGACCAGAAGAUCUACCAAUUUUUGCACUACAAGAUGACAGAGUUGUUGAGAUACAGGGGGAGCCUGCAGGGUUGCACAAGGCUGUUGAGCUAAUUGCUUCUCAUCUCAGGAAAUUUUUGGUUGAUCGUAGUGUAAUUCCCCUUUUUGAAAUGCAUAUGCAAAUGCCAAAUCCCCAGAUGGAACAGAACAUGCCACCUCAUCAGUCUUGGGGUCCCCCUCCACAAGGACUACCCCCAAAUGUUGGUGGUGGUCCUGGUUUUGGUGCUAAUCCUCAAUACAUGCCACCACCACGACAACAUGAAAAUUAUUAUCCUUCAUCUGACCUGCCUCCUUUGGACAAACAACCACAUCAGGCUUUAUCAGCAUAUGGUAGAGAGGCUCCAAUGGGUGUCCAUUCUUCAUCUAAUGUGCCGCAACAAGCACCAGUCAUUACACAGGUCACACAACACAUGCAAAUUCCACUAUCCUAUGCUGAUGCAGUGAUUGGGACAGCUGGUGCAAGUAUAAGCUAUAUACGACGUGCCAGUGGGGCAACCAUUACAAUACAGGAAACAAGGGGUGUGCCUGGGGAAAUGACCGUAGAGAUUAAUGGAUCUGCUUCUCAAGUACAGGCAGCACAACAGUUGAUACAGAAUUUCAUGGCUGAAGCUGCAGGUCCUACACAGACUCCAGUUGGCGGCACAACUGACCAAGGUUAUAAUUCAUAUCCACCCCAUGGUUCCAUGUAUGCAUCUCCCCCAUCCAAUAAUACAGGGCCUGCAGGGCAGACUGCUGCAGGUUAUGGUUCAGUCUAUGGCACCAACUAUGGGUAUUAGGCUGGGCAAGACGUAAUCCUUCGAUCAUCGGUGAGAAAGAUAAAGCUUAGCCAGACUCACCUGGUAAAGUUGUAGGGAGGCAGUUGUACUUCUGUACUGAAAUGUUGCGCUUUGGCUGUCUGCUUUACAAUUAGUUAGAGGUUAAUAUUGGUAGGUUUCAUUUGUACAAUAGGCAAACCUUUUGGGGGGGUGGGGGGGUGAGCCCAUCUCGGCUUUCAAGAUUUUUGUUUCUUCAUUAACUUUGUAGCUGCUCUUCCCCUUCCGGUUAUUGAGACCCUGAUUCUUGUGUAGUGAUCCCUUGGGUGGUGGUGCUAUGCUAUGCCUGCAUUUUAUUUUGUUUUCCCGUGCUUUGGAAUGAUUUGUGACGUACCUGAAAUUAGUGAACUUUGAUCCUUACUUAAAAUGCCGUUUUUAAGAGCAAUUUUAGUGAAAAUAUUCCUCCUGUAACUUUCAA